AUGGCAAUGGAAGAAAGAGAGGGCUGGCUGAAUUGCUUGGCUUGUUUUUAUCAAUUCCCGGCUAUUAGGGUAAGGAUUCCCAAAGGGACCACAACCCCCCCCCCCCCCACUUCUAUAAGAACCCCCCCAUCCCUCACUAAACCAACUCACUCACUCUCAACACAACACAACACAACUUCAAAGCUUCAACCUUUAAGCCCAACAAAGCUUAAAUCAAAGGAUAAGAAAACAAUAAUUAACUCUGCAAGAAUGAAGAUGGGUAGUCCUAGCAUGGGAGGCUCAAAGAGAAGGCUCUCAAGCAGAGGGCUUGGAGGUGCCCUCAGGGAGCAAAGGGCAAGGCUAUACAUAAUUAGAAGGUGUGUGGUCAUGCUCCUCUGCUGGCAUGACUAG